AUGGGAGUGUCCCUGGGCGUCUUUGCGGCUGGGUCUGAUGAGCCUGGCCCAGAGGGCCUCACCUCCACCUCCUUGCUGGACCUCCUGCUGCCCACUGGCCUGGAGCCACUGGACUCGGAGGAGCCCAGUGAGGCCGUGGGACUGGGCACUGGCCUGGAAGCCCCUGGCUCAGGCCUCCCCAGCGAAGAGAGUGAAGAGUCCCGCAUUCUGCAGCCGCCACAGUACUUCUGGGAAGAGGAGGAGGAGCUGAAUGACUCUAGUCUGGACCUGGGACCCACUGCAGAUUAUGGUUUUCCAGACUUAACUGAAAAGGCAGGUCCUGUAGAAGACACCAGCCAGGGUCAAGAGAUGCCGAGCCUCCCCUCUUCCUUGCCCAGGAUGAACCUGGUGGAGCCACCCUGGCCUGUGGCUCUUGGAGAGGAGGAAGAGGAAGAGGAGGAGAAGGAACAGGUAGAGAAAGAAGAAGAGGAAGAGGAGGAAGAGCUGCUGCCUGUAAACGGAACCCAGGAAGAAGCCCAGACUCAGGUCCACGACUUUUCUCCCACCAGCAGCAGCCAGACACCAGGGACCCCAAAACAUAGGCACGAAGAUUCUGGGGAUCAGGCCUCCUCGGGUGUGGAGGUGGGGAGCAACAUGGAGCCAAGCCUGUCACCGCCCUCAGUUACCCCAAGUACAGUGACCCUGGGAGGUCAGGACUUUGCCAGCCAGGAGGCAGGGGGCACAAUGCUGCCAGCUGCAGGGCAUGAGGUAGAAUUUGAGGCCCCUCGGGAGGCAAGUGAGGAGGCUACUGUGGGAACAGCUGGGUUGGUUGGCAGGCAAGGGGAGGUGCUGUCCUUGGCCUCAUUCCCUCAAGCAGAAGCCCCCAGUGGGGCUGAGACCCCAGGUGAAGACUCCCUUUACCCUGGAGCCUCAGCUGCUCUCCCCCGGGCCUCCCAAGACAUGGAGCUGACACCUGCUGCCGCCUUGGGACAAGAAGACCUCAGCCAGCAGCCCCAGGAAGGGCAGGCUGCUGAAGCUCAAUCCAGAAUCCCCUGGGAUUCUACUCAGGUGAUCUGCAAAGACUGGAGCAAUCUGGCUGGGAAAAACUACAUCAUUCUGAACAUGACAGAGAAUAUAGACUGUGAGGUGUUCCGGCAGCACCGGGGGCUGCAGCUCUUGGCCCUGGUGGAGGAGGUGCUGCCCCGCCACGGCAGCGGCCACCACGGGGACUGGCACAUCUCCCUGAGCAAGCCCAAUGAGAAGGAGCAGCACCUUCUAAUGACCUUAGUGGGCGAGCAGGGGGUGGUGCCCACUCAAGAUGUGCUUUCCAUGCUGGGUGACAUCCGCAGGAGUCUGGAGGAGAUUGGUAUCCAGAACUACUCCAUGACAAGCAGUUGCCAGGCCCGGGCCAGCCAGGUGCGUAGCGACUAUGGAACACUCUUUGUGGUGCUGGUGGUCAUCGGUGCCAUCUGCGUCAUCAUCAUUGUGCUGGGCUUGCUCUACAACUGCUGGCAGCGCCGGCUGCCCAAGCUCAAACACGUGGUGAGUGUGGGGACAGACUCUGUCUACUUCCGCACGCUUCCACGCCACCAGGAUGCCUGCAGCAGUCUCCUCUUUGGUCCCCCUGCCUCCAGCCUCUCCCAGCCAGCCUACUUCCUCAAGCAGCCAGAGGCCCUGGCAGGAGCAAAGUACCUGGUAGAACAGCAAGUCGUGGAGGUGAAUGUAUGGGACAGGUACUACCCCUGCCUAUGUGGGCAUGAGGAGCUGGUACUCUACCUUCUGGUCAACGGAGCCCACUGUGAGGCCAACAUUUUCCAGGGCGAGCGCUGCCUCUAUGGGGCUGCAAGUGAUAACAUCCGCCGGGUCCUGCGUGAUUAUAAGCAAGUGACAGCCUCCUGCAGGAGGUGGGACUACUACAAUGACUUCUUGCAGCGGCUUCUUGAUCAGGGCAUCCACAGCAAUGUGGUCUUUGUGGUGCACGGGAAGCCCUUCCAGGCCCAUUGCUGCAUCCUGGGUGCACGCAGCGCCUACUUUGCCAACAUGCUGGACAUCAAAUGGAAAGGCAAGAGCAUCGUGGUCCUCAGGCACCCAUUGAUCAACCCUGUGGCCUUUGGGGCCCUGCUGCAGUACCUGUACACAGGCUUCCUGGAUGUCGGUGUGGAACACAUCAGUGACCGUGAGUGCCUGGCUAAACAAUGCCAGUUAUUGGACCUACUCAGUGACCUGGAGGCCAAGUGCAAGGAAGUGUCUGAAUUCAGUUUGUCCAGGCUUUGGGAUUCAGGGCUUUGCGGGGGAAUUGGCAGGGCCGGCCUGGCUUCCUGAAGCCGCACUCUCUCCUCUGCAGUGGCAUCCAAGCCAGGCACUUAUGUGCAGAUGCUGAGCGUCAGGCUCCCCCCAGAAGACCCCCGGCUCCGGGAGGACCUGGCCCUACUGGCUGACUGCGCCCUGCCCCCUGAGCUCCGAGGUGACCUAGGGGAACGGCCCUUCCCUUGCCCCAGUGGCUUCAACAUCUGUCCUUGCUUCCAAGUGGAGGGUUGCCGUUUUCUCUGCCACAAGGCCUUCUUCUUUGGCCUCAGUGACUACUUCACCCUGCUGAAUGACCACUUCCAAGAGAAUGAAGGGAUGGAGGCCUCCGGCAGCCUGCUGGCUGUCACCCUGCACAGCCUCUCACCCAACAUCUUCACCCAUGUGCUGUACUUCAUACACACCGAUCACACGGAGGUGCCCCCCGAGGCAGCCUAUGAUGUGCUGAGUGUGGCCGACAGGUACCUGUUGCCGGGCCUGAAGUGACUGUGCGGCCGCAGCCUGGCCCAGCUACUGGACGAGGACAGUGUGGUAGGCGUGUGAUGUGUGGUCAAGCUGUUCUGCUUGGCACGCCUCGAGGACCAGUGCACUGACUAUAUGGCCAAGGUCAUUGAGAAGCUGGUGGAGCGGAAGGACUUUGAAGAGGCAGUGCUGGAGGAGGCCAACACUGUGGCUGCCCAGCAAGAGCAGGACUCCAUCCCGCUGGCGGAUGACAUCCGCUUCCAUUUGACCAGCAGGGUGCAGACCUAUAGCAACGCUGAGGCGAUGUGGCGGCGGCUGUAUGCACUUGAGGACCUGCUGGUGUCCAUCGGUCUGGACUGCUGACCACUACUGGGCCAACUCCUUGCACCCUCCAGGGCACUGUGGGUAGAAGAUGCUCAGUGGGGCUCCCUCCCCCUGUGUGCUUGGGGGCCCCAGGGAGGGUCACCUAGGGAUGAGCCCUCUCCCUCCCCCGAUUCCUAAACCAGCCCCCAAGGCUGUAGGGCUGAGCACCACUCAGGGAAACCUGGGGUGGGGCGUCUCUCAGUCCUGGCUGCUUGCUUGCAAAACCAAGCCUGCUUCUCCCAGGCACUGAGCCGCCCAGAAGGGAGCAGGAGAGUUUGUGUCAAUAAAGCUUGACUUCACUUUGGAACCCUGA